AUGACCAGUUUCUGUAUUCUGAUUUUUGAGCCUGCCUGCCCCAGUCUGAUCUAUUUGCCUGACCUGUCUUCGGACGCCUGGUGGAUUCUUCUGUGGACUGGAAAUGCCUCUUUACUUCGACCUGUGGAUUAUCCUGCCUUCCUUCGUCGAUCGGAUCUGACCUCCUGUCAGCUCUGCAGCCUUCCGGUCAAACUCAGGUUUGAGCCAAAGGGGAAGAGAGAGGACGGGAAAAGACCCAGGCAAGACCAGACAGGACUUAUGCUGGGGGACGACUAUUUAAAUGACAUCUGUACAAGGGAAGAGCUAUGACUUUCAUUCAUUGCCACUUAAGGACAAACAGAAGUCAAAAUACAAAGUAUGACUUUCUCCAUUUCAUUUUUCAAGAUGUGCAUCCCUCUGGCCCUUUUGGUGCUCUCUCUAAUCACAGCUCCUGAGUGCACAGCUCUUCCAAUUCAGAGCAACUCCAUCAGAAAUAACAUACACAUCAUUCAAAACAUUAUUCAGAUAACUCUAGUCCACAUUAAGAAACUGGCGAAUGAGGUAACCUCACGGAUAGAAGUAUCCACUCCAUCCAUCAAUGGACUGACUGGCAUCAGCCUCUACCUUGAGUAUUUAGAUAAUGAACUGCAGAGCCCGUUCACAGAUCUCCUGAAGCAGAUUCAAGCUGAUGUUUCCGGUCUGGACAAAAGAGUGCGCUCUCUCGCCUUAAUAAUUGACUGUCCCAUCCAGGAAAAAACAAGUAGAGAGCCGCCUGUGUAUUUGUUCCCUGACAGUCAGCACUAUGUGACGUUGGCAAAAGUACAGAACUACCUGGAGAACCUUCUUUUAAAUAAGGACAAACUUGAGGUGUGUUGACAAAUAUGCUUAUAUUUAACAAAAAUGGUGCAAUGAUGUCAAUAUUUAUAUUUUUAUGUGUUUUUAUAGAGAUAUUUAACUGCUAAAUAAAUAAAUACUUAAGCCAAAGAGAUAUUUUAUUAGUAUAAGCUUUAGGCAGAUGGUAACUGCUUUAAAAUGCAUAUGAAUUAACGUUACUUUUGUAAGUAGUUCUUAUUGAAAACUUAUGACACAGUUUUAAGCAGAAGCACUUUAAGGAAAAAAAUCUAUACAGCCAAGUGCAUUUUUUUAUUAUAUUGAAAAAAACAUUGAUUUGUUAAAUGAACUUUUUUUUUUCUUUUCAUAU